CAAGGGAGAACUGAGAACGGGUAAGCGAGUGUAAGAAAGCCGGGGGCUAAAGAAAAUUAAAGAAAACCGCAAAAUUAGCGAACGGGUCGUUACUUCAGUUGGUUUAAAGGUGAGACCGAGAGACACGUUAUAGCGUCAUUUCCAAUCUCUUUUUGCUUUGGGGUUCGCAUUAAAAUUCCCGUCCAAACCCCAGCGAAGAGAAAGUACUAAAAAAAAUAAAAUAAAAGGGAAAUUAAAAAGGACGGAAAGGACAACGACGAGAAAAACAUGGCGGCGAGAUCGCUAUUGCGUACCAGAACGAAGCUGUUCUUGGCUACCACAGCGGCCGGCACCGGAGCCGGCGCCGCUAUGAUUUUGACCUCCGACGAUCCCGCUAGCGCUCUUAAGCUAACUACCACCGUCCCCAUCCGUCUGUUCCGGGACUCCGUUACCGCUGCCACCAUUGCCUUCGGUAUUUUAUCAUCUCAUGUCCAAUUCUCUUGUUAGGAUAUUCCUUACAUGAAACAGAAGCUAAAUGCUUAAUUACGUUGAGAUGCAUUCUUAUGUUGAUUUUUCUUUUUGUUCACGCGCUCGAAACUCCGACGUAGGCAAAGAUAAAUGUCAUUUGACUAAUGAGAUCAUCCGGAAUUUUACAUUGCCAAAUUUUAGCCUGGCCAGGGUUCUGUUUCUCAUUUCCUUUCUCCCCUUGUUUAAUUGAAAUAGGAUUCUGUAUGACCUAAACUGUAUAUCUUAGAUCUCUUAGCUUAAGGUUUUCCAUGUUUAGCUUGGUUAUUUGGCACUGUUUAACAAAAUGCAGUCGAAAUUAGGGAUGAUGGGGCAGUUAUGGUUAUUGGCUAUUGCAUAUUUGCUCGUGUGAUGCAAUGUUGAACUAAUUGGCUAUCCGAAAAUGCCAAAGUAGAGAACAAUAUUGACAUUUAUAGGCUUAUUUAAGUUCUUCUUCCGCUUGUUUAAGAUCAAUUGAAUACUCUGUAUAUGUUACAAAAUAGGUGCCGUAUAGUUGAAUGAACACUUUGUUGAAAGAAUUCACUGUGGUAGAAAAUGAGGAGGUCAUUUCUUUCCCCGAAGUCCGAAUUCUAUGCUUUUGUUUGUUGUGUUGGACAAAUAGCUACAUCUUGGCUGGCGAAUUAGAUUUUUAUAUGGCGGUGAUCUUUUAUGAACUAUAUCUCCACCUUUUAAUUAUAUUUUGCGUACAUGUUAAUCAUCUUUCCAGUAUGAUGUCAAAUUACAUGUGAUGGUAUGGUUAUUUGCAUUUGUAGCUUCGCUUGGUUGACGAUAGUUUAUUUUGUUGUCGUUUUUCUGCUGUUAUGUGGAUACUAGAUUAUAAAUACUCGCUUUGGGGAUUAUUGGAGGGAAGUGCUGAAUGGACACAAGCUAAACAUGAAGCUCACAUCAGAGGUGCCCGUCGACUUCAAGAGCUUUGUUUCCGAAAUGGUGGAAUAUAUAUCAAGCUUGGACAGCAUAUCAGUCAGCUCGUAUGUCUUUUUUGACUAGGUUCCUUCCAUAUGGUUGUGGACACUUUGAACCUUUUUCUCCAAAAAUGACUAUCUUGAUAAGCUGUGUGUUUCGUGGUUUUUCACCUUCAGUACCUAAUGUUUCCAUGUUUAGGAGUACUUAGUACCGGAGGAAUAUGUCCAAAUAAUGAGGGAGUCUAUGCUCAAUAAAUGCCCUGUUUCGUCGUACAACCAAGUCUGUCAAGUUAUAAAGAAAGAGCUGGGAGCUUCCCCCGAUGAAGUAUGUGAUGAUCCUUGUCUCCAGUAACUACAGCAUACCUGAGAAAAUUUUGCCUGCAUUUUAUGCAUUGAAGCGCUGAAUGAUCUUUAUUUAUCGUAUGUCUGAGAUAUCAAAAUUGAAAAUGACUUGUUUACAGAUUUUUGAGGAAUUUGAUCCUGUUCCAGUAGCAAGUGCUUCUCUUGCUCAGGUGCAUGUGGCACGUACUCGUGAUGGACAGAGAGUUGCUGUAAAGGUUCAGCAUACUCACAUGACGGACACUGCUGCUGCUGACACUGCAACUGUGGGCUUAAUUGUGAACACAUUGCAUCGCUUUUUCCCUGCUUUUGAUUACAGGUGGUUGAUCGACGAAAUACACGAGUCUUUGCCAAAGGAACUAGAUUUCAUGGUUGAGGCCAAAAACAGUGUAAAGUGCAUGGAUAACUUCAGGAGGUUAUCACCUCAUAUUGCACGCUUUGUAUAUGCUCCUUUAGUCUACUGGAAUCUAAGCACCUCAAAAUUAUUAACCAUGGAGUAUAUAGACGGAGUUCAAGUAAAUGAUUUGAAGUCUAUACAGGAACUGGGGAUCCAUCCUAGAGAUGUGGCAAAACUGAUGAGUCAAACUUUUGCUGAAAUGAUGUUCAAGCAUGGCUUUGUACAUUGUGAUCCACAUGCUGCAAAUGUACUUGUUCGCCAGUUGCCGUCUGGCAAUGGGAGUAUAUUUGGAAGAAAAAAGCCACAGUUGGUAUUGCUGGAUCAUGGCCUCUAUAAGGAUCUUGAUGAUACCAUACGAAUUAAUUAUGCUGCACUCUGGAAGGGCUUGGUUUUUUCAGAUGCCAAAGCAAUAAAGGAAAAUUCUGUUAAAUUGGGAGCCGGAGAGGACCUUUAUGCUUUGUUCGCUGGGAUACUGACAAUGAGACCUUGGGAUAGAGUUAUAGACCCUGCUGUUGAUCAUCUUGUAGUGAACAGGAGUGAUCGCUCUGAACUCCAGAUGUAUGCAUCACAGUAUUUUCCUCAAAUUACGGAACUGCUGAGGAGGUUGCCUCGUGUUAUUCUCUUAAUGCUGAAAACAAAUGACUGCUUGCGAGCAGUCAGUAAUGCAUUGAUUCAAGAAUCUUCUCUGGAAUCAUUUCUGAUUGUUGGAAGAGUUUCUUCAGAGGCAGUUAUCGAGUCCAAGUUGUGGCAAAAGAGAUCGAUUUUAUCUCGCCUUGACAUUUGGUUAGAGAGGCUUUUAUUAGAAACACGGCUUUUUGGAAUGCAUAUUGCACUGUGGCUGUUGCUUUUGCGGAGAGCUUUGACUUUGUAA